AUGUCAUUCAUCCCCCACAUUUCCCAGCAACCAUCCCCUAUUCUAUCCCCUUCAAACCACUAUCCCUAUUCCCAAAAGACCCCUCCCCUAACCAGCUCCCUCUCCAACCCUCACAGCACAAUCUGCUGGUCCGCCUCCUUCUACCCCCAACCAAUCCUAAACUACCGCCGCCGCUCCACCCACGGGCUCGCCAUCGACUUCCCAGCCACAAACGCCCUUGGCUUCAUCUCCUACCUAAUCUACACAGCAACAUUCCUCUACUCCCCACUGAUCCGCCGCCAAUAUGCCUCCCGCUACCCCAUCGCCCCGGAACCCACCGUGCGUCUCAACGACCUGGCCUUCGCUGCGCAUGCCGUCAUACUUAGCUUGCUGGUCUUCAGCCAGUUUUUCCCGGCGAUAUGGGGGUUUAGGGUAUCGAAGUUUCAGAAGAUAAGCACGCCAAUUGUUGGGGUGUUUUGGGGCUGUACUCUGGCUGUGUCGAUAUUGGUGGUUGUUGUUGCGGCGCGGGGGACCGGAAGUAGUCUCGAGGCGAAGGAUUGGGCGUGGAUAGACGUGUGCUACGCCCUCUCCUACAUAAAACUCAUCAUAACGAUAAUAAAAUACAUCCCGCAAGCCUGGGUGAACUACAAACGCAAAUCAACAGUCGGCUGGAGCAUCUCAGCCAUCCUCCUCGAUUUUUCCGGCGGCGUACUUUCUAUCUCACAACUGCUCAUUGACUCUGCGCAAGGCGGUGAUUGGAGCGGCGUCACCGGGAACCCGAUCAAACUGUUGCUGGGUAAUCAUUAUGUCAUUUACAGGGCAAAGAAGGUGAGAGAGAUAGCUGGGAUUAGAGUUGCGGUUGGGAAUGGCAGUGCGCAUGCGAACGCGAAUGGAGAUGAGGAUGACGAUGGUGUGUUUACGCCUCUGUUGGGAGAUAGGGGCGGCAGCGCACAGAGGGGUGGAGAUGGCAGGCCGUUGCCAAGAAUAGCCCUACCAUGA